AUGCCUACGAAAAUUAAAACUAUGAAUUGUCCGCUUAUUCCAUCAGCUCGUUUUUCUUUGGCUUUAUUUAUUUUUUUCGGCUGUGUUGUUCAAUAUACACAACGUAUUAAUUUAUCAAUUGGUAUUGUUUGUAUGAUUAAUAAGACAUUUAUUAAUACUGAACUUGAAUCAAUACCAUAUUUAACUCGCAUUGAUAAUCCAAUAAUAAAAACUCCAUCAAAAAAUACGAUUCUAUUUUUUCAAGAUAAACGAUUUUCAUGGACUGAAUUUGAACAACAGAUAAUACUUGGUGCUUAUUGGAUUGGAUAUAUAAUAACACUUAUACCAGGUGGUUGGUUAUCGAUAAAUAUAGGAGCGAAACGAAUAUAUGUUUAUUGUCUAUCGAUAAGUUCCAUUGCGACAUUAGCACUAUCAAUUAUUUACCUUCUCGAAACUAUACAUUUUACUUUCAUAUUUAUUUUACGAAUUAUAAUUGGUUUCGCACAUGGUGCUCUUAUACCUGCAACAUAUUCGUUAUGGUCAGUAUGGGCUGCACCUCAAGAACGUUGUACUUUAACAUCAUUAGGUUUUUCUGGUAUUAAUUUUGGUACUGCUAUUAUAAUGUUAAUUGGAGGUUUCUUUUGUCGUUAUAUUGAUUCAGGUUGGAUAUAUUUAUUUAUUUUAUCUAGUUUACUUGGUUUUAUAUGGAUUCCAUGGUGGAUAAUAUAUGUUGCUGAUACACCAGAACUUCACAAAACUAUAAGUGAAAAAGAACGACAUUUUCUUCAUCAUUUUAAUGGUAAAUUCAUGCACGGUAAACAACGACAUGUCAUAUCGUUAAUUUCAUUACCUUGGAAGAAUAUUAUUCGAUCAAAACCGAUCAUUGCUUUAUUUAUUACUCAAUUAUGUAAUCUCUUUGGUAUUUUCUUUUUUUCGAACACUUUUGGUAAACUACUUCAAGAUAUUCAUCAUAUUUCGACAUUAUAUAUUGGAUAUAUAUUAUGCACUGGAUUUCUAUUAAUGCAGCUAUCAGGUUUAACGACUGGUAUUGUUGCUGAUUAUCUCGUUCGAAAAAAUUUGAUAUCAUUAACAAAUGUUCGAAAAUUAUUUAAUUCACUUACGUCAUUUAGUUCUGCUUUCUGCAUUAUAAUAUUAUGUUUUUGUGAUGAAUCACGAAAGAUAUUAGGUGCUAUUACUGUACUUAUUUAUCUUUUUGGUUCAGGUUUUGCUCAUGGUUCUGGUUUUCUUGUUAAUUUUACUGAUAUUGUCCCGGCUUAUUCAGGACUUAUUUUUGGUAUAGCGAAUACAUUUGCUUCGUUAAGUGGUUUUAUAGGUAAUAUUAUGGCAAGCAUUGUAUUUUUAUUAUAUGGUUCAGCAGAACCGUUACAAUGGGCUAGAUUUCCGCAACAGAAUGAACCAAACAAUGAUGAUGAUGAUGAACAUGUUAUGGCUUCCAAAAAAGAAUUGACGUCACCACAGUUUAUUCCAUCAACUCGUUUCACAUUAGCUUUACUUGUUUCUUUUGCACUUUUCACUCAAUAUGCACAACGAGUUAGUUUAGCUAUAGGUAUUGUUUGUAUGGUUAAUAGAACAAAUAUAAAUACAGCAUUAAACAUAACAACAGAUUCUACUCAAAUUCAAAAUAAAACAACAAUAACAAGAACUAAAUAUGGAUCUCAAUAUCUAGAAGAUAAACAAUUUGUUUUGACUGAAUUUCAACAACAAAUUUUACUUGGUGCUCACUUUUUUGGAUAUCUUCUUACGUUAGCACCCGGUGGUUGGAUAUCGCUUAAAAUAGGUGCCAAACGGACGUUUGGUUUUGGUCUUCUAUUGAGUUCGAUAGCUACAUUAGCAAUGGUUACCAUUCAUUAUUUUCAUGAUAUGUAUUUUAUUCUUGCCGUUAUUUUUCGAGUCAUUACAGGUCUUGGUCAUGGUCCAUUAUUUCCGGCUACAUAUACUGUUUGGUCUAUGUGGGCUGUUCCUUUAGAAAGAAGUACUUUGACAUCAAUUGGAUUUUGUAGUACAAAUUUAGGCACAUCUGUAACAAUGUUAAUUGGUGGCCUCUUUUGUCGUUAUGUUAGUUCAGGAUGGAUUUAUAUAUUUCUUUUAACAAGUGUGUUUGGUUUCAUAUGGUUUCCAUUAUGGAUGUGGUUCGUAGCUGAUUCACCUCUAUCUCAUCGAACAAUCAGCGAACAAGAACGAAACUAUAUAUGUAAACAUAUUGGUAUUGGUACAGAUAACAAUAAAAAGCGAUCUACUUCAUUUGCUUCUGUGCCUUGGAAAAAAAUUCUUCGUUCGAAACCUAUUAUUGCAUUAGUCAUCUCACAAUUUUGUAAUUUGUUUGGACUUUUCUUUUUCUAUACAAAUGUUGGUAAAUUAUUAACUGAAAUUCAUCGUGUUCCUGCUCAAAAAGCAGGAUAUGUUUUAGCUGGAGGAUUUAUAUUUAUGCCAAUAGUUAGUCUGUCAACUGGUGUUGCUGCUGAUCAUCUUGUACGAUCAAAUGUGAUGUCAUUGACUAAUGUUCGUAAAUUAUUUAAUUCUCUUACAUCAUUUAUUCCUGCAGUAUGUAUGAUUGUUCUUUGUUUUUGUGAUCAUACACGACAAUUACUUGGUAUCAUAACUGUAUUCAUAUUUCUUGUUGGUUCAGCUAUCGCUUAUGGUUCUGGUUAUGUUGUUAACUUUGGUGAUAUAGCUCCAGCCUAUUCAUCGAUUAUCUUUGCUGUAGCAAGUGCACUUGGAACAGUUGGUGCUCUUAUUAGUAAUCUUAUAGCAGGUCUUAUUAUAAAACAACCCAUUCUUGAUGAUUGGCGAAAACUUCUUGUAAUAUUUGCAAUAAUUUAUAUUAUUGGUGGUUCUGUUUAUCUAUUAUAUGGAUCAGCAGUACCUCGAAAAUGGGCUAGAUUUCAAUCGGAAGAAUCGAAACAAAAUGAAGAAAAUAUGUCUUUAACAACAGUACCAUUGAAAACAGAUGAUUCACAUGUCACAAAGAAUAAUGAAAUUAGUUAA